UUGUAGAGUGAGAGUGCUUUAUGGUAAGAGUCAACAUGACCACUCCACUACUGAUGUUUGUUCUUCUGGCUCUACCCUGCUACAGCGCACCUGGGCAACUCAAUCGUUAUGGACUUCCAGUCUCUGCCCAUAGUAGGGAUUUCUAUGUCAGGUCUCCCAGAGAUCACCUAUGCGACAGUGGGAAAUUUGACAUUCUAGGGUUCACCUGCUGUGAAGGAGUAUUGCGUCAGGGGGCUGGGCAGUCCUGCUGUGGAAACAAGUCCUUCAACCUCACCCAGGCUUCAUGUUGUGGUGGUCAGCUGACUCUGCAUGUGAGCCAGCUGGUGUCAGAUUGCUGUGGUUCUAGGGCCUAUGACCCACUCAACCAGCUAUGCUGUGACUUACAGAUCCUAAUCAGGACCCAACCCCAUUCCAAGUGUUGUGGAAAAGAGCUUUACAAUGAAGACCACCAGCUUUGCUGUGGAACUGUCCUUCAAGGAAGGAAGGUCCUGACCAAAAUGUCUGGUCACCACCGGUGCUGUGGAGACCACCAGUUUGACCAGCAAAGCCACUGCUGCUGCCACAUCAAUGAACCAUCAAACCAAGUCAACCCUAAGCCUCUCAAUGCAAGCUGCUGUGCCAUCCAGGAAGUGCCACAUCCUCCCCCAGCGCAAACUGGUCAGCACAUGGGAAUUGCUCAGAAUUCUCCAAACUGUAUGCCUGGGAAGAAGCCUUGUGGUCUAGGUGCCUGCUUUAACCCAACAACAGAACGUUGCUGUGUGAACCCUACAUCUCUCCAGGGACAAAGUUACUCACAUGACCAUACUCCAGGUCACUACCAUAGUGCUAGCUGUGGCUCUCAGGUUUACAAUCCAGACAUCAACAUCUGCUGUUCCGAGAAGCUGUCCAAUAGGGUGCUUGGAAAAAACCUGUGCUGCGGUACAACUCCGUAUGGUUUAGAGGACCGAGGGGUGCUGUGCUGUAACCAGACCUUGCACCUUGCGGUGGAGGAUGGGUACCAGUGCUCUCCAGGUGGCCACUUGUAUCGGCCAUCCCGUGACAUGGUGUGUGGCUCACGCGUUCUUGUCAUCGAUCCAGGCAAACACUGCUGUGGAGAGGAGACAUACGACCCUCAGUAUGACAUCUGCUGCAACGGACACAAACACCACAGGUUGAAAAAUGUUUCCUGCUGCGGUGGGAAGGCCUACGACCCCAGCAGUGGCCAGAUGAAGUGCUGUGCAGGGACUCUGUACAACCUGCAGGUUCAGGACAAGCUCUCAGAGGAGGCCCAGUGCUGUGGGAGUGUUCUGAUGGAGGCUGGCUCCACCCAGACCUGCUGCUCUGCCCCUGGGCUAGACCUGCUCUACCCUACCCAGCCAGGGUUCACCUGCUGUGGGCACCGCUAUCCCAAUGCCUCCCUGUGGUCUUGCUGCGCCGGGGUCCUGCAUCCAAGGCCUGAACCACACAACACCACCAAGAACGUGAUUCCAGGACCCAGGCUUCUACCACUGGAGGAUUUGAAGACUGAAGUCCUGUGUUACAAUGAAGUUCUGCUGGGGACAGUGGAGAGUGUGUCCGUGAAGAUGAAUAAGCGGUCCAUCGUGAUGGUGAACGCCAUGUACGUGAUGGUGAACGCCAUGUACAUGCUGGCCUCGCGUGCCAAUGUCAGCGCCCUGCCUUCCCCUCACUACGUCACAUUACCCGACCACUGCAGCUCCCCUGAACUGGUGCCGGGCAACACUUACAUCUGGGUGAAAAUACCUUCCUCAGAUCACAUAAGUUUCAUCUCUGAUCUCAGCGAUAAUUCCUCCCCUCUCUAUUCCAUCUUUUCCAGGUGCAGAACCCUUUUUCUUGCCCGGAGUAAAGCCCUACAUAAUGUUUGAAAACUUUACAGUGUUUGUUUGCAAGUAACAUUGAUUGUUAACAUUGUUAACAACAUUGUUAACAAUCAACGGCGUAAUAAAAAGCUCAUCUUGGGUUCUGAUGGGGUUCGACAGUUGAACUAAGAUCAUGAGGCACAAGUUAUAUUCUUCCAGAGUCAAUUGGUAUAUAUCAUUCAUUUAAAAGUUUAAAAAAAUUGCUGUUGCUAUCACAGAUUGCCCCUUUAAGCUAUCAGUAGACAUUUAAGACAUGUUUGUGAAGUGAUUGUAUCACAUUGUGCAAGGACAGGAAAAAAAGCCUAUUUUAACCGUAGGCGUAUGACUUCACCAUGCAUCACUUCAGGUGGUUUUGUGUGGGGUGGUUGCCUUUAUCCCAUCCACAUAUAUGUACCCCAUUAUCUGACACUGGAUCAUAGGAUCACAUUUUUGUUUUAUUAUUUCACUGCCAUACUGUGUUUGAUCUUGUCUAUCCAACUUGUCUCAAGAGGACCACAAUGGAAAUAAGUCCCAGACUUUAUUA